AUGUGCAAACAGAAACGAGAGAGGGAGCAGAGGAGGAGGCUGCAGCACUUUCUAAGUGACCUGGCUUUACUCGGGUCCCUGCAGGGCUUUAAAUACUUCCAGCCGUGGCUGAGAGGGAAGGAGGAGUUGCUGCUGACGGUUGUUAAUGAAGAUCUGGGUUGGCGCUCCCCGGGUUUCGCGGUCUCCAGAGCCUCCUCUUACUCCUCCACCAGCAGCUGUAACAGCAGCGACGUCUCCCCCAGCAGCUCCUCCCCGAGCCUGGGCAGCCGGGGCAGCUCUCCCCUCCCCGGGGAGCCUCCGGGGCCCCGAGACCCGCCGCCGCCGUCUCACACACACACCAGGGCGCAGCCACAGGCGGUCAGGGAGCCCCGCGGCGCGGAGCAUCUCCUCCCAGCCUCUCCCAGUGAAAGAGAGAUAGCAGUGCCGGAGGUCAACUGCACUCUGUUUUUAUUGGCCGGCUACGUCAGGUACGGCCGGCCCUACGCGUGGAUUCGCUCCAAUCACGAGCGCCUGGUGAACAUCGGGGGCACCGACUCCAUGGUCAAGGACACGCCCAUGAAACUCAAGUCCAUCGCAGACUGGCAGACGCGAGGUAUUCGCGUGUGGGACGUCAUCAGCGAGCUGGUGUGUCUGUGCACCGUCCCCUCUCCCUCCAACCCCUUCGCCCUGGACGUGCGCUACAUCCAAAGCCUUCCCCUCCCCGACCGCUUCCUCGUCACGGGCGCUCUCCUGAACUUCCUGGAGAUGUACGUGGUGUACGGCAACCAGGACGAGUUGCACUACGACAAAGUGGUGGAGGAGGUGAGGCCUCUGAGGCGUCUCCACGUCCAGUCCCUGCUGGAGUUCCAGCGACACAGGGAGAGCUCCUGGGCGGCCGGCAGUCCCGCAGAGCAGGACUCUUCCGGAGAAGAGAAUAUUUAAUGUGUGAUCCACAUGCAGAUGAGAUAUGUGCACUUUUACUGACUUCUUGGCAAAAAGACAUUGCAAAUGGGUUCAAAUGUUUGACAUUUAGGUGAUUUAUUGUGUGUGGACUAAUGUGCUUCUUUCAAGGCUACACAGUUCAGAUAUGCGUGUGUAUUUGUACUAUAGUUGGAAGGUAGUCACAUGUAUGAGAGUUGUU